AUGCCCCCUUCAGAGGAGUCAAUUCUGACAAAUUUCUUGCUCUCCCCGUCACCACUACCUACUAUUAUCUCUCUGGAAAAAUUUACAGAUUUGUUUCCAAGGCGUCUCCGAUCCCAUCCGCAGAUCAGGGUCUUAUAUCGUGAGCUGCAACAUAUUCGCGCUCAGGAUCUGGAUCUUGUACGGGAGAAUAUCGACAGGGAGUUAAAGAAGGGCGAGAGGCAAAGAGAAGAGCUCAGAAUCGCAAAACAAGCAACCGGAGUAAGCGGACUGGACAAAAAUGACAAACUAGAAAUGGACAUAGCCAUCCAGCUUUUUGGCCAAAAGGAGCCAACCAUUUCCGCCGACGAUAUGCACACCUUGUCGUCCCUCCUGCCGGAGAUGGAGAAUGCUCGCGCUUUGAUGGAAAGGGAAAUUAAAGCCGCUGAUGCGGAAUCUCAGCGCAUCUUUGUGGAGCUCACUUCUACUGUCGGGGAAUUAAGUGAACUGCGUUACGGAAAAUUCAACAAGCCCGCUGGCGUCGCCACCAACGCUGUGGAGGAAGCGAUCAGGGGCCUGAAGGAACUUGAAUCUGCAUGCAGUCCAUCCAGACCAAACUGA